AUGGGGAACGUGGCGAGCCACAGCAGCGAGGAGGAGGAGGAGGGGGCUGAGGAGGAGAUGGAAGGGACGGCGGCAGCCGAGCAGCCCGGGGCUGCCUCUCCGCCUGGGCCGGGCCCGCUCCCCCCGGCCACGGUGCUGCUGGAGCAGGCCCGGCUGCGGGAGGCCACGGCCCGGCUGCGGGAGGCCGCCCUGCCCGAGUCGCUCGUGUCCCGGCACCACAGCACCCUGGUGCGCUGGCUGGAGGAGCGGCUGGGCCGCGGCGAGGAGGCCGUCAGCCUGGAGCAGUUCUGCGAGGUGCUGGAGAGCCGCGCCUCGGGGCCGGCGGCCGGGGCCCGCAGCGAGAGCGAGGAGGCCUUUGCACAGUUUGAUGCUGAGGGAGAUGGCACUGUGGAUGUGGAGAACAUGCUGGAGGCCCUCAAGAAUUCCAGUGGAGCCAAUCUUCAAGGGGAACUUAGUCAUGUAAUCAGACAGCUGCAGGCUUGCUCUCUUGUUCCAGGUUUUAUUGACAUAUUUUCUGAAUCAAAAGAGCACCUUGGUCUUCAUGCUUCAAUGAUACUGAGAUUCUUGCAUCGGAACCGCAUUUCCAGUACUGUCAUCCCAUACCCAGUGUUGGAGUACUUCAAUAAUAUUUGUACUAUGCGGUCUUCAGUACUGAAGGAUUCUUUAGAUAGGCUUCUACUAAAAGAAAAGGAAUGCCCUAGUGAUCUGAAUGGUAACCAAGAAAUGGACAAACUCAAAACUGUCACAAAGUGCUAUACUCACAUAGAAACCUCAUCCAACUCUGCUGACAUUGACAAGAUGACUAAUGGAGAAACCUCAUCCUUCUGGCAGUCAGAUGGGAGUGCUCGCUCACAUUGGAUACGUUUAAAGAUGAAACCAGAUGUUGUUCUGAGACAUCUGUCCAUUGCAGUGGCAGCUAAUGACCAGAGUUAUAUGCCGCAGCAGGUUACGGUGGCGGUUGGAAGGAAUGCCAGCAAUCUCCAGGAGGUCCGAGAUGUUCACAUUCCCAGCAAUAUCACUGGCUACGUGACAUUGUUGGAAAACGCUAACAUUAGUCAGAUGUAUGUACAGAUAAACAUCAAGCGUUGCCUUAGUGAUGGAUGUGAUACUAGAAUCCAUGGGCUCAGGGCUGUUGGCUAUCAAAGAGUAAAGAAACUUGGCAUCUCAGUGUGUGAUGCUUCAGCUAUCUGGUACUGGUCUUUGCUGACCUCAUUGGUAACAGCUUCCAUGGAGACCAAUCCAGCAUUUGUUCACACUAUCCUACAAAAUACUCAGAAGGCAUUGCAGCACAUGCCACCACUGUCCCUGACGUCGGGUUCUACAGACUUCUCAAGCUUCUUAUCUCCCAAUGUUUUGGAGGAAGUAGAUAGUUUUCUUAUAAGAAUAACCAGUUGUUAUGCCACUCCAGAGGUUGAACUUACAUUGUUGGCUUUUGCCCUAGCCAGAGGGAGUGUUGCUAAAGUGAUAAGUUCACUUUGUACUAUCACUGAUCAUCUGGACACACUAUACAAGGCUUCUUCACUCAUCUCUUCCAUGGCAACUGUUAGACAAAACCUGCUUUAUAAAUAUGGAAAGCCGCUACAGCUAACCCUUCAGGCAUGUGACGUAAAAGGAAAGGAAGAUAAAUCAGGGCCUGAAAACCUCCUUGUUGAGCCAUGGACCGGGGAUGGUUUUCUUACUGAGACUGGAAAGACCAGAGCAAGUAUCAUUCUUUCUACAGGAACUGAAUCUACAUUCCAGGUGACACAAAUUAGAAUAAAGGUUCGGAAAGGUGCUAUUGGGGCCCAGUGUGGGUUGGUGUUUGCUUAUAACAGCUCUUCAGAAAAAUUUCAUGCAGAAGAACAUUUUAAAAAAUUUGAAAGCUAUGACAAGUGGAAGCUUCAAGAAUUCAGGCAAUUUUUAAAAAACAGAAGUGAUUGUUCAUGUGAUGAGCUGGGAGAGGAUGAUCCUGUUGGCUGGUUUGAGGUGGAAGAAGAAUGGGAUGAAGUGGAGGUCAAAAUGCAGCAGUGCAGAAUUUCCCAAUAUUUAAUGGUGAAGUUCUUGUGCACAAGGCAAGAUACCGCAGAGCGCCUAGGAGUUCAAGGCCUGAAUGUUCUGGGAUAUCUUCGGCCUGUGGUAGGGGAGCCCAACAGAAGCCUGAACUGUCUGAAAUGCAAAGCAACAGAUGACAGCAUUUGUGGAACAACCCUUCUCCUGAAGACACUUCAUUUCAUCCAACAACUUGCACAGGACCUGGUUCAACAAAAAGAAAGUGGAUUAAAGUACAGAUCAUUCUUGGACUUCACUGGCCUUGACUUGCAGCUUUUCUGGAAUUUUUACAAUAAACUACACCAAAACCCAAGGGAAGAAUGUCUCUUUGCCCAGACUGUGCUACUGCAGCUUCUUCAAAGCUGCUUCUCUGUGCUUACUGGAAACAAUAAAACUAUUCAAUCUCAGGAAGCUUCUCAAAGCAAAACUUCUGGCCAAAUAGAAGCUGCAGUAGAGCUCUACAGGCAUUUGUGUGAAGUCGUAGACAUGAGUGAUAGCAACUUCACACCCAUGACCAUGCUAAAGCAGGAAGUUAAGAACACAUUGCUCAAUGGAGCAGCUAUCUUCUUCCCAGAUAGACAGACCAGACGGGACCAGCUCUUCACCAUGAUGAAAAACAUCACAGAACAGGAACAUAAGCAAUCUGUGCAUCUCACCUUCAGAUCCCUGUGUAUGUACUUCAGUGAUCAGGAUCCAGGUGGACUUUUGUUGUUACCAGAUAAGGAAGUUUCUGAGGACUUUGACAUCAGCCAAGUGCUGUCAGUCAUGGAUACCCUUCUGUUGGUGGCAGCGAGAGAGUGUGAAAUGAUGAUGCUGGAUGUUGCCCAGCAGGAGAGUGGCACAGUACUGUCAUCCUUAUUCUGGUCUGUACAGGGAAGCCUCCUUUCAUGGUGCUACCUGCAACUUAAGGGCAAUGAUAAUACAGCCAAGACUCUUGCCAUGGAAAUUCUUAAAAAAUAUGUGGGCCAGUUCCUGACAAAUAUCAGAACAAUUUUAGAAUCACUUUUGUCCCAAUACAGUGGCAAACAUAUAGUAGAAAAAUUAAGUAACUCUGUUUUUGCCAUGGCAACCCGUCAGCUGGUGACUUUCUUGUUGGAUUUCUGCACUUUAGACAUUCCACACUGCACCCUACUUCAGGGUUUCAGUACCCUGACACAGCUGCUGCGGAACCUUUGUAGUGAACCCGGAGAAAGUCUUAAUAAGGUGGACAUGGAAAGCUGGCAGCAAGAACAACCCGUGGUGCUGCGAACAUGGACAAUGGAAUCUCCUCACAACUAUGAAAAUAAUUGCCAUGAGGUCUCCGUCUUCCUUUGUCCUGGGGCAACUUACUUUGAGGUGGAAUUUGAUGAAAAAUGUGAAACAGAAAGGAGAUAUGAUUACCUGGAGUUUACUGAUGCCAGAGGUGCAAAAACUCGUUAUGAUACAAAGGUUGGCACUGAGAAGUGGCCCAAGAAAGUGACCUUUAAGGCUGGCCCACGGCUGCAGUUUCUCUUUCACUCUGACAGCAGUAAUAAUGAGUGGGGCUACAAGUUCUCCAUCACUGCUUAUGGCCUACCAGAUGUCGCAGUUUCUUGGGGCUUGGAUUUACAGCUGCUUGUAUCCAGGUUGAUGGGGCGCUUGGCUUCGCGGAGUAUGGCACUGAAAUCCCAACUGGAGCUAGGUAGUGAAGCAGAGCUGCCUCCUUCAAAAGUGACAUCAGUUCUUAAUUCUCCUUUAUGGAAACCUGUCUUCAGGCAUCAGAUGUGUCCUGAGGCGACUUUGGAAGCAAACGAACCCAGUCAAGUGCACCAAAAUAAAGAGACUAAGAACUCUCAUGUGGAUGACUGCCGUAACUUUCUUCUCGACUUUGCAAAAUCAGAUCCUUCCCAGGAUUUCUGUGGGCAAAAUUCUGAGCUUUUCAAAGGACUUAUACAGGCAUGUAAAAAACAGGCCCCAAAGACAGAUAUAGUUGCUGGUUCCACUGUUGAUCAAGCUGUGAACGCCACAUUUGCUGCUUUGGUGUAUCUCACUCCAGAUUUAUAUGGGAAGCUACAAAAAUAUGUCAUCAGUGGAGGCAAGAUGCCUCUGAAUGAAGAGUUUACACAAGUAUAUUCUCUGGCUGAUGGGAUUAGAAUAUGGAUGUUAGAAAUGAAGCAGAAGUUCCUGAUGGGUAAAGGAAAUGAUACAGCAGAGAAACAGAAUAUAGAAACAAGUGAAGUGAACCCAGAAAUCCUUGCAAAACACUGUAUUCAGAAGAGCUUAUUAUUGUUAAAAUUUUUGCCUGUGAGAGAAAAAGCAAAAGAUCUUGCUUCUGAUAACUGGGAUGCUUCAGAAGUAGAGGAUGUCCAACAGUACCACGAUGAUAAACGUCAAAAGACUAGUUCUAUCGUAGAAGCAGAUUUUCAAGCAGCAAACUCAUUGUCUUCGAAUGGAGUAAUUCACCCUGCUUCUGCAGAAAGGGGUCGAGUGGUAGACUCUGACACAAAGAUUAAGCAAGCACCAGACCCACCCCAGACAGAAGUAGCCUCUGAAUCUCAAAGUAAGCCCCUUGAAAAUACAGUUUCACAGCAAGAGGACACAGCAUCUCCUCCCUCCACUCCAACUCGCAAAUCUCAGUUCAGCCGUGGAAGACUAAGGCUGCUAUCUUUUAGAUCAAUGGAAGAGCCUAAAUCAGUGCCCACUGUGAAGGAGAAAUAUCCUGUACUGAAAAAUAUAUUAGACUUUAUUAAGGAUCAAUCACUUUCCCAUGAAAGUAUUUUAAAGGUCCUUGCUUUGAGGAAAGCCCAAGCCCAAAGUAUCCUAGAAGUGCUGAAGACAAUCCGCCAGUGUUUAGAAUCUCUUGGGCAGCCGCACUGUUUCCAUCCACCUUGUGUACUCUUUCUCUUGGAACUUCUGGCCUGCCAGAAAGAUUUUACAAAUUAUUUUGGACACUUGGAAGGUUGUGGUGCUGAACUGCACAAAGAAAUUCGAGAGUCCUACUAUCAGCUUGUUCUCUUUUUGGUCAAUGCCAUGAAGGGAUUUAACAGCAUUAAUGACAGAUCAUUGCUCCCUGCCUUAUCCUGCGUGCAGACAUCCCUCCUUCACCUCUUGGAUAUGAGCUGGGAACCAAGUGAUCUUUCCUUUUUUGUUGAUAUACAGUUACCACUUCUUCUUAUGACUAUGUCACAAGAAAACAUAAGUAUUCAUGACAGCGUGAUUUGUCAGUGGAGUGAAGAAGAUGAGAUUGCAGACUACAAGCAAAACUCCGAGUGGAUGGAUGACUGUCAGGAUGUAAUGUUUGAGACCUGGUAUGAAAAGAUAGCCCAAGCUGACCCGGAGAAGCAGAGAAAGAUGCACAUGUUUGUUGCUCGUUACUGUGACCUAUUGAACGUGGACAUAUCAUGUGAUGGUUGUGAUGAGAUUGCACCCUGGCAUCGCUACCGCUGUUUGCAGUGCAAUGAUAUGGAUCUAUGUAAAACUUGUUUCCUAGGUGGCGUUAAACCUAAAGGUCAUGAGGAUGACCAUGAAAUGGUUAACAUGGAAUAUGCCUGUGAUCAUUGCCAAGGGGUUAUUAUAGGUCGCCGGAUGAACUGCAAUGUGUGUGAUGACUUUGAUCUUUGCUAUGGGUGUUAUUCUGCAAAGAAAUACUCUGACAGUCACCUUCCCACUCACAGCAUCACAAUAUAUCCGAUGGUGACCAUUCGAAUCAGUGACCGACAGAGACUCAUCCAGCCUUAUAUCCACAACUAUUCUUGGCUGCUGUUUGCUGCCUUGACACUCUACUGUGCAGACUUGGCAAGUGGGGAUGAAGUAGGAGAGAAACUUGAUUCGCAGAUUCUCAGUCAUGCUAGAGUUCUGCAACAUCAAUGUAUACAGCUUAUUGGAGACUGCCUGAUGAAAGCACAGCAUGGAAAAGGUUUGAAAGCUUUAGCUCUCCUCUGCAUGUUGCCAGAAGGUGAAUCUUUCUCAGAGAAUGAGACCACUUCUGUCAGCCCUCCAACAGGUGGCACUAUAGAGGGCCAUGCUGGUGAUAAAGCAGCCAAGGGAAUGAAUAAAAAGCCAAGGACAGGCUCUUUUGUACAUUGCAAUGGGAAAGGAGAUGUUUGUGAUGAAAUUCAGUCUUCUGUAGAAAAAAAAGAAAGCCAAAGCAAUCCUUCUAAUGCUCCUUUAUCAAAGAAAGAUGUUUUGAGACAGGAUUCAGAGACACUGGCUCUUAAUUCUGUAGAUGACAUAUCUUCACGUCUUCCAGAUGCUGAAAAUUCAGAAGAUUCAUCCCAAAAGCAGGCAGAGAAGGCUCUAAUGCCUAGCCAGGAGCAAGUCUUUGCUGAAUGCUCUCAGAAGAGGAUUCUUGGCUUGCUGGCAGCUAUGUUACCACCUUUCAAAUCUGGAUGCACAAUGUCUUUGAUUAACCUGGAACAGAUCCUCCCACUGAUGUUUCAGGUUGUAAUCUCCAAUGCUGGCCACUUAAAUGAAACCUAUCAUUUAACCCUGGGUCUUCUGGGCCAGUUAAUUCUGAGACUUAUGCCUGCAGAAGUCGAUGCUGCAGUGACAAAGGUCCUUUCAGCCAAACACAGCCUGUUUGCAGCAGGAGAUGGGUCUACAGUGCCAGAAGGCUGGAAGACUACUCAUCUUUUGUUCAGUCUGGGAGCCGUAUGCUUAGACAGCCGUGUAGGUCUGGACUGGGCGUGCUCCAUGGCGGAUAUUCUCCGAGCUUUGAACUCCUCUGCCCAGUGGCAUAGUGUGAUUGCAGCUUUCACAGACCAUUGUAUUAAGCAGCUGCCCUUCCAGCUAAAACACACCAAUAUCUUCACCUUAUUGGUACUUGUUGGAUUUCCAGAGGUGCUGUGUAUGGGAACUCGCUCCGUGUACAUGGAUAAUGCCAAUGAACCUCAUAAUGUAAUCAUCUUAAAGCACUUCACUGAGAAAAACAGGGCGGUUGUUGUAGACAUCAAAACCCGGAAAAGGAAAACAGUAAAAGACUACCAGUUGGCUCAGAAAUGUGAACAAGAAAGCACUGAAUCCCAAACUCAGCUGAGACAGUAUCUCCAGCAUUUUGCUUUUAUAACCAGCCACCUUUUGCAGACCAGCAUGGACAGUAGCUAUGCAGAGGCAGUGGAAGCCACCUGGGUCUUGUCUCUUGCUCUUAAAGGAUUGUACAGAACACUGAAGACUCAUGGUUUUGAGGAGAUCCAAGCAGCCUUUCUUCAUUCGGGUUUACUUAAGCUGCUGGUGAAGAAGUGCAGCAAAGGAACUGGUUUCAGUAAGACCUGGCUUCUCAGAGACUUGGAGAUUUUGUCAAUAAUGCUGUACUCCUCAAAGAAGGAGAUCAGCUCCCUGGCUGAACGUGAGGAUACACCACUAGAGGAAAGGGACCGAGAUCAGGAUGUGGACCAAUCCAUUAGUCCCAUUGAUCUGGAUCAGAGCAAACUUGAUCCUCUAGAGGGCUUGGAUGAAGCAACCAAAAUAUGUUUCUUGAUGACGCAUGACGCACUCAAUGCACCUUUGCAUAUUCUUCGUGCCAUGUAUGAGCUGCAGAUGAAAAGAACAGAUUCUUUCUUCCUGGAAGUUCAAAAGAGGUUUGAUGGAGAUGUAAUUACAACAGAUGAAAGGAUCCGAACACUGGCCCAGAAAUGGCAACCCAGCAAGCGUUUGAGAUUGGAAGAGCAGAGUUCGAAAGCAGUGGAUACAGACAUGAUCAUCUUACCAUGUUUGGCUUGUGCUUGUCUCUUGCAGUCAAAACCUGUACUCUGUGAUAAAGCCACUGAAGAAUCCAAUCCCAUUACCCAGAAACUGAUAACCAACACGGAGAGUGAUCUCCAGCUUAGCUAUGCCAAACAGCGUCGCACCAAGAGUUCCAUACUCUUGCACAAAGAGCUGGAUUCCAGGAGCAAAAAAGCUGUGCGGGAUUACCUGUAUCGGGUGAACGAGGCUACUGCUGUUCUUUAUGCCAGGCAUGUACUUGCCUCGUUGUUGGCUGAAUGGCCCGAUGAUGUGGCAGUAAAUGAAGAAAUCCUGGAGCUCAGUGGCCCAGCACACAUGACUUACAUUUUGGACAUGCUUAUGCAGCUAGAGGAGAAGCAGCUAUGGGAGAAGAUCUUGCAGAAAGUGCUGCAUGGAUGCAGUGAGAGCAUGUUGGGAACAAUGGCACUGACUGCCUGUCAGUUUAUGGAGGAACCCGGAAUGGCAAUCCAAGUGCGGGAAUCCAAACAUCCUUAUAACAACAAUACUAACUUUGAGGAUAAAGUUCACAUCCCUGGUGCUAUCUAUCUCUCAAUCAAAUUUGACUCUCAGUGUAAUACAGAAGAAGGCUGUGAUGAAUUAAUCAUGUCCAGCAGCAGUGAUUUUCAACAGGAUCGGCACAGUUUCAGUGGGUCUCUGCAGAAGUGGACUGAUUUUGAGCUUCCAGGAGAUACACUGUUUUAUCGGUUUACCUCUGACAUGAGUAAUACUGAAUGGGGUUACAAGUUUACAGUGACAGCAGGUCACCUUGGAAGGUUCCAGACAGGGUUUGAGAUUCUGAAACAAAUGCUAUCGGAGGAAAGGGUGGUUCCACAUCUCCCACUAGCCAAAAUCUGGGAAUGGCAGGUAGGAGUAGCAUGCCGCCAGAUUGGGCACCAGCGUUUAAAGGCCAUCCACUUACUCCUGAAGAUAGUGCAAUGCAGCAACCACAGGGACUGUGACCUCACCUUGUUAAAGCCACUCUGGCAGCUUUUCACCCACAUGGAAAAUAACCUGUGCCAGGACAUGACCAAGCCUGGUAUUCUUCUUCUUCCUCUUCAUCGUGCACUUACGGAACUCUUCUUCAUUACAGAGAGCAGAGUGAAUGAGCUUGGAUCUCUACAGGACUACUUGCUUGCCUUAAAUACUGAAGAGCAUCUUCAUCGUUGCACAGCACAGGCCCUGAAAAACAUUGCUGCUAUCAGCCUUGCCAUUAACUAUCCAAACAAAUCAACAAGUCUCUGGAAUGUUUAA